UGCUGUGCAGUUCCUGUUGUACCCUUUCACAAUAUAAGAUCCAGCUUGAGCUCUCAGCAACAUAACAAACAGCUGUUGCAAGGUCUCUCCACAACUGUCCUUUCCCAAUAUCGCUUGGCUGACUGGCUGGCUGGCUGGAGCAGGAACAGAGCGACCGAUCUGGUGCGGGAUCCUGUUUCCAAGACUCUUUUGCAGGUCCCAGAGGAAAUCCAGUUCCAAAUUCAGCUCUCAGGACGCUCUGUCACCUCCUCCCACCAUGGAGUUUGCUGAGCUGAUCAAGACCACCAAGGUGGAUGAUGUGGUUCUCUCAUGUCCAGGACUCCAGACCAUUCGAGGGACACUGGCUAUCACCAGCCAUCACUUACUCUUUUCAUCCCAGGCAGAAGGGAAUAGGGAACAGAGAAGAACUGAGCUGUGGCUCCUUAUUCGCAAUGUGGACGCCAUUGAAAAAAGGCUGGCCAACCCGUCUGGCACCAUCACUCUCAAAUGCAAAGACCUGAAAAUUAUGCAGUUGGAAAUCCCUGGAAUGGAGGAGUGCCUGAACAUUGCCAGCUCCAUUGAGGCUCUUUCUUCUCUAGAAUCGGUGAUGAUGAUGUACCCCUUCUUCUACAGACCCCAGAACACAACACUGGGCACCGGGUGGCUGACGGACAUUACUGAACAGUAUUACAAGCAGAUCGCAACUGACACAGGGGCUUGGAGGCUGAGUUCCAUCAAUGCAGACUUUGGAGUCUGUCCCAGCUAUCCACCACUGGUGAUCGUCCCAGCAAGACUGGAUGAUGGAGUCCUUCAGAAGAGCGCCCGAUUUCGUCAGGGGAGGCGAUUCCCAGUUCUCAGCUACUAUCACAAAAAAAAUGGGACGGUGAUGCUUCGCAGCAGCCAGCCCCUCGUGGGGCCCAACCGGAAACGCUGCCAUGAGGAUGAGCUGCUUUUGACCACCGUCCUGGAGGGUGGGGAACGUGGCUUCAUCCUGGACACCAGGUCGCUGCAGACUGCAAAGCAGGCCCGGGUGAUGGGGGGCGGCCUGGAGCACCGAAGCUGCUACCACGGCUGGAAGAGGCUGCACCGAGCUCUAGAGAGGGGUCGCUCCCUCCAGGAAAGCUUCAUCAAGCUGGUAGAAGCCUGCAAUGACCCUUCUGCCCACAUGGACCGCUGGCUGAGCAGACUGGAAGCCUCCAAAUGGCUGUCCCAUGUCAAGGAAGCCUUGAAUGCUGCCUGCCUGGCAGCCCAGUGCCUGGAAAGAGAGGAGGCUUGUGUCCUGGUGCAUGGAGCCGAAGGGAAGGAUGCCACCUUGUUGGUGACAGCUCUUGCCCAAGUUAUCCUGGAUCCAUCCUGCCGGACAUUGGCAGGGUUCCAAGGACUGCUGGAGCGGGAAUGGAUACAGGCCGGGCAUCCCUUCCAGCUCCGCUGCGCCCACUCCGCCUAUGCGCACGCCCGGCUCAAGCAGGAGGCGCCCACGUUUCUCCUUUUCCUUGAUUGCAUCUGGCAACUGGGGCGCCAGUUCCCCUUCUCACUGGCAUUCAAUGAGCAUCUCCUGCUGGCACUCUUUGAGCAUUGCUAUGCCUCACCCUGCGGCACGUUCUUGGGCAACAAUGAGAAAGAAAGGCCUUGAAAGACAUGGAGGGAUGGCCUUGCACUUAAUUUGGACACUUCAAAUAUCUCAGGUGAAGAAAUCUGAGCCACCAAAGAUGCCCUAAGCAUCCUCCCACUGGUAGAACUCUCCUUUUACUUUUAUGAAUUGAGAUGCACAGGAUUUGAACAUUAGGACCUGAUGUUCUCCAGGAGAAAAAUCAAUCUAGGAAAGUGGAAUGGUUUCACAUAGAAGGAAACGUCACAGCAGCCAUUUUUGCAGGGAAGGGGACCAAGAUUUCAGAGUCUCUUGGCUGGUUGUUCUCGUUGCUUCUCCCACAAAAAUGGCUAAACCAACCAUGAUAAAACACUUGGGGGGAGGCACAGAACCAGGGUUCAGAGGAGCCUGCAGUGUGGCCAAGAUGGUAGUCACAGCAGUGGGAUCAAAACUCACCUAUUUGUGUACAUCGUACAGAUACUGCACAAUGGUGGGAUUCAAAAAUGUUUACUACCAGUUCUGUGGGCAUGGUGUGGUAGGCGUGGUGUGGCUUGGUGGGUGUCAUAGGGGAAUACUGCGAAAUCCUCCCGAUCAGCUGAGGCUUGGGAGGCAGAGAAUAGAUGGGGGUGGGGCCAGUCAGAGGCAGUAUUUACCGGUUCUCCGAACUACUCAAAAUUUCUCCAGAACUUGUCAGAAUCUGCUGAAUGCCACCUCUGGUACUACAGAGAGCUUCAAUCAUACCUUUAUGGCCAUCAUAUUGACUUUUUCCACCAGACCUUGCGGACACCCCUACCAAAGUUCCUUGCUUGUUGCUCCAGUUCAAGAGAUCAUUAAAUAAAAACAAAUCCAGUUUGGCCAGUU